GGGCCCGGGGAGCACGCUGCCGGGGACUGUGUACACGCUCCACUGACACAAGCUUCACGCUGCCGGGCAGCCGCUGAUCACGCGUGGCCCCGCACGCCCAUUGGCCCGCGCCUCACACACCUUUGCCGCUGAUUGGCCGGCUGCAGGCUCCGCCCCCGCCCCCGCCCGCGGCGCGGGGCAGGCCGAGCGGCUACCUGAAUGGGGAGGGGGCAGACGGCGCGCAGCGCGGCGGCGGCGGCAGCGGCGUCGAGUGUCUCGGGGUGCCCGUCUGAGUGCAGGCAGCCUCGAAGCGCAGCAGCAGCAGCAGCAGUAGCCGCAGCAGCAGCAGCAGCCGCCACCGCAGUCAGGCAGCCAAGCAUGCUCAACUUCGGCGCUUCUCUCCAGCACACUGCGGAGGAAAGAAUGGAAAUACUUUCUGAAAGAUCGAAAGAGUCCAUGUACUCUUGGAACAAAACUGCAGAGAAAGGUGAUUUUGAGGCAGUGGAAGCCCUGAUGACCAUGAGCUGCAGCUGGAAGUCUGACCUCAGGAAGUACAUGGAAACCAGGCCGGUGACGCCCGCCUCUGACAUGUCCGAGGAGGAGAGCCUGGUUCCUGGCACGCCGGACUUUCAUACCAUCCCUGCUUUUUGUUUGACACCACCUUACAGUCCUUCAGACUUUGAAGCCUCCCAAGUGUCCAACCUGAUGGCACCAGCGCCAUCUACCGGGCACUUCAAGCCCUUCGCCGACACUGCCAAACCUCCCCUGGCCGCUGCUGCUUUCAAAGAGGAAGACAGGAGUCCCGCCUCGGCCCCAGAGCUCCCCAAGGCCCAGGCCACCAGCGUGAUCCGCCACACCGCCGACGCCCUACCCUGCGACCACCAGUCCUGCCCUGUGAAGGCCGCCAGCGUCCUCGGCGGUUCGGACUGCAUUUUCCCCCGGAGAGCCCACCUGCAGGCCCAGGCCAGCAGGAAAAACAUUCCCUGUGCCGCCGUGUCCCCGAGUCGGGCCAAGUGCGAGCGCGGCAUGGUGGCUGCAGAUGGCGACGAGAAGGCCAGUGCUGCACUCUAUGACUUCCCCGCGCCUUCCUCCGAGUCAGUCAUCUGUCGGUCGCAGCCGGCCCCCACGUCCCCGCUGCAGAAGUCUGUGCUGGUGUCACCCCCAGCCAUCUCGGCCGGGGGCGUCUCCCCCCUGCCCGUCAUCUGCCAGAUGCUCCCCCUCCCAGCCAGCAGCCCUGUGGUCACCACAGUGGUGCCCAGCGCGCCGCCCAGCCAGCCGCCGGCCGUCUGCCCGCCUGUGGUGUUCAUGGGCACGCAGGUUCCCAAAGGCGCUGUCAUGUUUGUGGUGCCCCAGCCGGUGGUGCCGGGCCCCAAGCCCUCCGCCGCCGUGAGCUCCAGCACCAGACUCUCGCCCAUUGCGCCCGCCCCUGGCUUCUCCCCGUCCUCAGCCAAAGCCCCUCCUCAGAUGGACCCCUCCAGGGUGAGAAGCCACAUCUGCGGCCAUCCGGGCUGUGGCAAGACGUACUUCAAAAGCUCUCACCUGAAGGCCCACAUGAGAACACACACAGGAGAAAAACCAUUCAGCUGCAGCUGGAAAGGCUGUGAAAGGAGGUUUGCCCGCUCUGACGAACUGUCCCGCCACCGCCGCACCCACACAGGGGAGAAGAAAUUCGCCUGUCCCAUGUGUGACCGGCGGUUCAUGAGGAGCGACCACUUGACCAAGCACGCACGGCGCCAUCUGUCCGCCAAGAAGCUUCCCAACUGGCAGAUGGAAGUCAGCAAGCUGAAUGACAUCGCCCUACCUCCAACCCCUACUCCCGCGCAGUGACGCAUCCGAAGGGGAAGAGAGAGCCAGAACUAGCCGGGCUCCCAGCCGGGAGCCGUUGGUGAGACAGAACUGCUUCCUCUGCAAGUCUGGGGGUCCCCCCGGGGGCGCUGAGAGCCGCACCCACUGCAUCGGGGGGAGGCCCCGCCUGGGUUCUCUGAGCAGAUUGCUGCGGGCCCCGGGCAGCUCGGAGUGGCAGGAUUCGUUUCUUGGCACACGGGAGCAAUGAGAAGCUGGUGUUCCUUGCCGUGGUUUCUUGAAGGUAGCAGACAAGGUGAGCACAGGCAGCUCAGGUGUUUGAAUCUGUGUGCACAACUUGUUACUUUACAUUUGCCGUUUAUAUAUGAGAGACCGAUUUUUCCAUGUGACACUUCCUGAAGCAUCCGGUUUGGAGAGAGUGAGCGAGCAAGCAGCGAUCGGCACGAAGCCUUGGCGGUACAGAGGAGAGCAAUGAAGCCGGCAUGUUACGAAUGUUCUGUCACCUUUUCCUCCGGUUCCCUUCUUCACUCUUCCUCGUCUCUGCCGUCCGCCUGCUGGGUGUCAUUCCGUUGCUAGCGCUCGCAUCUGUACACUAUCGCUGAUACUCGGAAUGGAGCAGCUGUAUAUUGCUAAAGGGGGGGGCGCAGAGUUGGAGCCCUCCAUUAAUUUAAUUGCUUUGAAGUACAGCUAUAUAUAUAUAUGUAUAAUUUUUUUUUCUUUUUUUUUUGCAUUUUCGUUUUGAAGAUUGAACUGGUGCCCCUAUCUAGGCAUUUCACUAUGCUUUGAACUCUCGUUUGCCUGCAGGUUCCUGUGUAUACACAAGGUUCUUGAAAAUGUACACAAAUGUGUUUUCUGUAGACUUAAGAUAUCCCACUGCACUUUUUUUAGGAAGAAAAAACGGGAGCUGAUGCUCCAUUGUUCAGGUAGGGUGACUGGGACACUGAGCUAGAUCCAUCUAAGACUGUGUCAUUCCCUGCCCCUCCGUUACAGGCUCUGCUUGUGCUUUCCCGAAUUGGGACCUUUAGUGACUGUCAUUUCCAAGCAGACUGUUGGGCUGAUUUAAAGUUUUUUGAGGGGACGUGGAAGUAGGAGGGCAGAAAGUAAUUAGGACACUCACUUUUGUUAACAGUAUUUCUGUUUAGUUCUGUUGUAUAGUGGAUGAUAAACACCAUGCUAAAACAAAAAUAUGUUGUUUAAAAUAAUAUAGUGAAAAGAAGUCACUAUAUCUUUCCAUUUAACAGUUUUCUCUAUGUUGGGUUUAGAUUCUGACAUCAAAAGGUGGACCCUUGGAAAACAAUUUCUUUUAAUAAAAAAAAAUCCUUGUGAUUUACAAUUUGCACAUACUUUUGUUGUACUUUAUAUCUUGUUUACAAUAAAGAAUUUCCUUUGGUAUA